AGUAUUCCCAGAUUAAGCAGACCACCAUGAGCUCCACGCAGCCCUUUGUACACUUUCGAUCGUCUCACCCACUCCGUCCCUCAGUGGGCUCUGACCCCUGACCCCGCUGCCACCCCUCUACCAGAGGAUGACUUUGUGGAUUACGAUAAAGAGUUGGCCCCUGUUCUGCUGGAGGUUCGGCCUCCGAAAGCAGAAGAGAUCCGGACCACGGAGCAGCCGGAAAACGCUCACCCUGUGGAGGUCAGCACCGUGGACGUCAGAGAUCUCCUGCCAUGCACGACCAAUGUGUGUCAGAACGGCGGCAGCUGCUACAGAAGAAACACACAGAAUAUGUGUGUGUGUGCACCUGGAUUCACCGGGCCGCUCUGUGAAACAGAUGUCGAUGAGUGCCAGUCGAACCCCUGUCUGAACGGAGCCACCUGUCUGGAUGGAGUCGCCUCGUUCACCUGCCUCUGUCUGCCCAGCUACUCCGGAGAGCUCUGCCAACAAGACACCGAGCUGUGUGGGUUCGGCUGGCAGAAGUUUCAGUCUCACUGCUAUAAAUACUUCACUCACCGGCGGACGUGGGACGCUGCAGAGAGAGAGUGCCGUCUGCACGGAGCCCACCUGACCAGCAUCCUGUCCUCAGAGGAGCAGAUCUACGUCAACCGUAUGGGCAGUGACUACCAGUGGCUCGGUCUGAGCGACAAGAUGUUUGAGAGAGACUUCAGAUGGACCGACGGGAGGCCGAUGCAAUACGACCACUGGAGGCCGAACCAGCCCGACAGCUUCUUCCAGUCGGGAGAGGACUGUGUGGUGAUGAUCUGGCACGAGGGGGGGCAGUGGAACGACGUGCCCUGCAACUAUCACCUGACCUUCACCUGCAAGAAAGGCACAGUCUCCUGUGAGCAGCCCCCCAUGGUGAAGGAUGCUCGGGUGUUCGGGGCGAUGAAGCCUCGCUACGAGAUCAACACGCUGCUGCGAUAUCACUGUGAACAGGGCUUCAUCCAGAGACACGCCCCCACCAUCCGCUGCCGGGCCAACGGCCAAUGGGACGCCCCGAAAGUCACCUGCAUGAGCCCCGCAACGUACCACAAGUUAAUGACUCUCCGGCGCCGCAACAACCAGAACAACGAGCAGGAAAUCCAGCACAUCCACCACACCAAGAGUCCCCAGAAACUGAACGAAAACGAGGAGCAGAAGCAGAGUUUCAGCUUCUUUCAGAACAUCUGGAACCCUUUCCGGAGGGAGAAGAGGCAACAGCAGCAAGCGCACGACGAGGAAGAGAUGAGGCACUGAUCCGAGAGGGAUGCAAUGAACUGUCUGUUAAUGGUGCUUCACCGGUACAUUGUCCCCCAGAAACACUCCAGGAUCUGAACCGUAACACUAGUGAGAAGUUAGUUUCAUAUCUUAAUUCUUCACAGAUGAUAUCGAGUCACAACGCUCCGAAAGGGAAGACUUUAAAUGGUCAUUAUCACACAAGACGUCUGAGAAACGUCAGGUUUCCUCUGCACGAUCCAGCUCGACUCGACUCAAUUCUGGUACCUGGUGCUUUUCUAGAAUACGUUUUCCAAUGUCGACGGACUCUUAGUAUCCCAUCAUAGCUUUGUUGCGUCAAACUGCCGAGAAAUCUUAACUGUGACACUCUUUGGAUCCUUUUAUCAAGAAGCAAACAGUCGAACGUACGCACUUCAGAUCACCCAAAGUGGUUUUGCAGGUUGCCAUUUUUAUUUACGCAACUCCUGCAUGCAAAAUAGUUUCUUUCUCUGUGACCUCAGCUGAUCUUGCAUACCAGCACUAAAGUUGUUUUCUUUCCGUGAAUGUAUGUUUGAAGCACCUCUAGUGUUGGCUGCGCUUUACCAUUUUUGGAAAAACGUAUUUUAUUGUGUGCUUUAUAUCGUGCUGUCUCCUCUUUUUAAAGCUAAAACCAACCUUAUCCGUUACAAGCCACAUGUUGGACUUUGACGUAGAUCAAAAUAUCUGUUUUUACCCGGAGUAUCUGCAGAAUAAAUCCAUACCGGACGUGUUAGGAUCCAAUAAAGCUAGCCGUGAUAUUUCCGUAGCUAUUGACGUUAGCUUGGCUUUUUAAAAGAAGAAAGUACCAGGUACUAUCCACACAUUUUGCUGAUGGAAAACCAAAAGAAAGUUGAGUCGAGCCGAGCAGCGGAAACAAGUCUUGUGUUUCCUUUCCUUAGAUUAGGACCCGAAAAAAAUGUUCAAUCUUUUUUUAAAGGUACGCUGUGGAGGUUAUUUUAGUUUGUGAUACGGAGAAAAGGGACCAACUCUUAAAAACAUUGAUUAAAAGUGCCAUAAACUGCACAAAGUGCCUUUAAUUUAACGUUGGGAACUUUGAGCACAAUAUUAAAAUACUUGAAUGGUUUAUUUUUAUAAAAACCAGUCCAGUAGUUUUGAAAAAGCAUGAAUUCAUCACUUUAAAUUAUUAUUAAGAACAUUUCCCAACGUGUCCAGUCUCAGUUUGUUGCUGCUCAUUAAGACCCCUUUCCACCAGCUGAUUUCCACGUGUAGAUUUUUGUACAAAAUAUUUCAGCUUGAGAAAAGUUUUUUUAAUAAAAGGGAAAGGGAGAUUUAAAGAGCGGCACACGAAUCUGAAGAGGAGAUUAUUAUGAAUGUGUGUGUGCUAUUAAUCAUAGGAUAUAUAAUAUAGAUACUAUACGAAGCCAUAAGAAAUUAAGUUAUUGUAUACUUUAAAAACUAUGAAAGGACUGUGAUGUUAAAUAAAGGUCUUGCUGUUUACAGAUCUCAUAGCAUUUGUCGAGAUGCUUUUUAUUGACUCAAAUUCACCUCCAAAUUCUCCUUUUCUUCGAAUAUUUGUUGCGUUUUGCUACAGAUCUGGAAUCUGUGUUUUAAAAUCCAUUGAAUAAAGGAAUGUGAAAAUACAAGAGUGUAUUAGGACCAUUGUAGGUUAAAACAAAUACAAAUAAGGAGCCAUAGAAGGGGAGGAUAAUCCAAGAAAAACGUUUUUAAAAUGACAUUUAAAAAGAAUAAAACUCUGAUAUUCAUUCAGAUUAAAGUGUUAAAUUCAAGUUGAAAAAAACUCACAAAAUGUUCAAUAAAAAAAGAAAAUUCUCUAACAUAAAGUCCAAAAUUAUGAUAUACAAAAUACAUAGAUGGAAAUUAAAUAAAUUGGAUUUUAUUAUAUAAGAAGUAUAAAACAUAAUCUUUAAUAAAUUAAAAAGUACAUUUGGGGGAAUUUGUUAUAGUUUUUUGGCUUUUGCGUUACUUAAAAUAAAUGCAGAUGUUUUGACACCGACUGUAAUAUGCGGUGUUUUAUUGCCGCGAAAUAUAUAUAUAUAUUUUUUUAAACCUACAAUAGUCCUGAUACCCCAUCAUAGAGACAAGCUUUGUUUUUACCUUCUCCUCUUCAUACGUUUUCCUUUUUAUAUAUUGUCCGUCAGUGUAAAUGCUUUUUUUAAAUGUUCUUCUACUCCAUGUGGUUUACUGUAUCUUUGGCACAAGAGCGUAUUUGUAUGUAAUCAUUGUUUCUUUCUCCAUUUUGAGUAACUGUAAAAAAAAAAGUCCUUCAUCCUGGUUUCAGUGUCAUUGUCAGCUGUGUGUGCAAUAAUAGGAAUUAUCAUAACACG